AUGUCAGAAGAAACAUUUAAGUCUAUGAAUGAUCAAGCAAUUAAAAUUGAACCACCAGAAUAUUCAGCAGAGGACAUUAAAUAUGAAAUUGAGGAUGAAUUUGAUGCUCCUGAUGCCAUUGUUGAAUCUGAAUCGUGUUCUAAGGACGAUGAUACGUGUUUAGAAAGAUUCAUGAACUCCGAGGUGACAAUUGAAGAUGAAGUCAAACAGGAGUCUUUUGACUGUGACAUUUGUAAUCAAUCAUUCGCAGAAUCACAUCAUCUAACAAAACAUAUGGUCGAUCACAUGCCUAACCAUAGCGAAGAACGCCCUUACAAAUGUGAAAUCUGUCAAAAGGAUUUCAAAAAAUCAGCUGCUUUGAAAAAACACAUGCUUACUCAUAGCGAUGAACGUCAUUACAAAUGUGGAAUGUGUGAAAAGACUUUCAAACAAUCAAAAGGGUUGAAAAGACACAUAAAAAUACAUUCUGAAGAACGUGUCUUUGAAUGCAAUGAAUGCGAUAAGACAUUCAGAUAUUCAAGUAAUCUGAAAAAUCACAUGUUGAUACACAAAAGGGUAUACCCUCCUCAAUGCACUAUAUGCAAGAAGACAUUUCGUCGAUCAAGUAAUCUGAAAAACCCACAUGGAUAUACAUAG